AUGAUUCUGUCACUAGCUACAAAGAAUAAGAAAGAUUUCUUAAGAAGAAUUUUCAAUUUGAGCAAUUAUCAAUUUUAAAUUGAAUAAGAAUAAUAAUAAUAUUUUAUGGAUUAAGUGAAUACAUUAAGAGUUCCAAUAGAUAUUUUAAGUGAUAUUUCUAAAGAAAUAUUUUAGAAGUAUAUCUUUUCUAAUGUUUAGAGUUGUUUUUAGAAGCAUAACUGAUGGAUUUACCUAAGAUUUUGACAUUAAUAAUGGAUUUGUUUUAAAAGAUUCUACUCUUGCUUAAUUAGAUUAAGCAUUACUUAAGGAUAUUAAUUGUACUUAUUAAUAAGAUGAAGUAUUGAGUUUAAUAUAUCCUACGUAACAUUAGAAUAAAUUUUAGUAAACUAAAUAAUCAAAGCUUAAUAAUGGUUGUAAAUUUAUCAGAUGAUGGAAUUUAUGAAAAAGUCAAUAAUUAAAAAGAAUUAUUUAGAGGAGAACGUUAUCAAGUUGGAUUACCUUCAGGGUCUAAUAAAUAGACUAUUGAAAUAUAAUAAGAUGAAAUAAUCAUAAAUUCUUAAUCAUUUGCUAUUAAAGAAGGGAUGCAAAUUGUUUUUGUUAAAAAGAUUUAAGAUAAUAAAUGUGAAUAAAUAUAGAUGAUAAAUCCAAGUGAUUGUUCAUCUCGUAAACAUGCUCAUAUUAAAAUCUAAAAUGGAAGAAUAUUUUUAGUUGAUGGUUUUGAAAAAUAGGUUUCAAAAAAUGGAGUAUGGGUAUUAGUUAAACAUCAAAGAUUUUCAAAUUAGAAUUAAUAUUGUUUUAAAGAUUUUAGAUUGGCUAUUAGAUUAAAAUAUUGA